AUGACCCAUCCUCGAACGGGUCAGUAUGUUCUAACUAGUUUCUCAGCACUGCAGGGUCAGGAGCAUCUUUGGUACUUAGAUAGUGGUUGCUCAAGACAUAUGACAGGAUCAAAGUCUCUCCUGGAAGAUUAUGUCAAGAAAACUGGUCCUGCAGUAACUUAUGGAGACAAUGGAAAGGGGUUCACUAAAGGAUAUGGAAAUAUCAAAUGCAAUAACGUGUUUUUUCAAAAUGUUUCAUAUGUAAAGGGUCUCAAACACAACCUUAUCUCCAUCAGUCAAUUGUGUGAUGCUGACUAUGAAGUUCACUUUACAAAGAAGGAAGGUAGAGUUGUCAACACUGACAAGAACAUCGUACUUUCAGCAAGUAGAAAAGAUGAUAUAUAUGUUCUUGAUAUGUUCUCAAGUGACAAGGCGCUGAUGCAAUGCUUCUUUACAAAGUCUCAGACCAAUCUUAGCUGGAUUUGGCACAAAAGGCAAUGCAUUGAAGAAUCAAUUCAUGUGAAGUUUGAUGAGGAAUCAUACACUGAUGAAAGAGUCACUCAUUCUUCCUCUAUUUUUCAAGAGCUUCUCUCUUGCCCAUUUGACGAAGCUCCUCUUGCUGGAGAUGAAGCUGAUAUUUCUGAUUCUAUCGUUCCAGUUCCAUGGUCCUUGAAUCAAGAUACUGCAGCCAGAUCAUCAAAUAAUUCAUCAGGUGCUGAUGAAACUCUUGAAGCUGAAGAUUCUCCUACAACUGAUAACUUGUCAGUGUCAAAUUCUCGGAAUCAGCAUCAGUCUCUGAACAUCGAUAUCAUCCUGUUGAUCAAAUUAUUGGGAAUAUUCAUGAUGGUGUCCGAACCAGAUCUCGUGUUUCUAAUAACUUUUGCAUUUCCUGCCCCAAACUCUCCUCCUCUUCCUAUAUACAUCAAAGCCACCAACGUUGUUUUCAACCCUGAUAUUCCCGAUGUUCAUCAAGGUCUUGGACUCGAUGAUUUUGUUAAUUUCUUAGCCUCCUGCCGCCUACGAUACGCUAUCAGUGACAUUCCAUCAGAGUUCUUCCCUGAACAAGUCUGUGAGUUCUACUACACCGCAACAGUCAAUGAUGAAAACAAUGUCAUCACCGGGACCAUUGGCCGUGGAAGACACUCUGUCUAUUAUAGCAGAACUUCUCAGUGA